GCAUGUGUAUAUAUAUAAAUAUAUAUAAAUAUAUAUAUGUAUAUAUAUGUGAGGAGGCAAGGACACACACUGCACAGAGCAUCCUCUGUUCUCCUAAGGAAGGACACCAGGACCUCCUCUUCCCCCUUUUCUUCUUCUGUUUUCCAUCUUUCCUCGGAGACAUGGAUCUAUGCCUGGAGCCGCCGCGGAUUUGCCGGGGCUGGCGGCUUUUCUUGGUCCUCUUGCUUCUCACCCUCCUCUUUCGGGACCACCUGAGCUCCAUGCUGGACUGCCCGCCGACGUGCAGCUGCUCGCCCACCGAGAUCUAUUGCAAUAAGUCGGACAGCGGGCGCUUCUUCCCGCUGUUGGCGGUGCAGGAUGGAGCCAACGGCAGCGGAGCCGUGGACAUAGCUGACUUGUUCAAAAACAUCACGUCCAUACACAUUGAGAACUGGACGGGAUUGCAGACUUUACGGGAUGUGGACAUGGAACUCUACACUGGGCUGCAGAGACUCACCAUCAUGAAUUGCAACCUGAAGGUGAUCCAGCCCCGAGCCUUUGCUCAGAAUCCACACCUACGCUAUAUAAACCUGUCAAAGAAUCCUCUCAGCACUCUGUCCUGGCAGCUCUUCAAGCACCUUCAACUUACCGAGCUGCGACUGGACGGCGUGGUGUUCGACUGCGGCUGCAAUAUCCGCUGGAUGCAGCUGUGGCAGGAGCGAGGCGAGGCCAACCUUCACACGCAACAGCUCUACUGCAGGAGCGGCGCUUCCAAAAUGAAGCUGCACCACAUGUACAUACAAAACUGCGACUUGCCAGAGAUCAGUGUGAGUCACAGCAGCGUGUUAGUGAUCGAAGGCGACAAUGUGACAGUGAGCUGUAAUGGAUCCGGAUCACCCCUGCCUGAAGUGGACUGGACCGUCAACGGCCUCAACUCCAUCAACACACACCAGUCCAAUGUUUACUGGCCCGACAUCCACUCCAUCAACCUGACGCUGUUCAACAUCAGCCGCGACGACAACAACUUCCAGCUGACGUGCAUCGCUGAGAACGUGGUGGGCAUGACCAACUCGUCUCUUCAGCUCAACGUGCAGUUUCCCCCGGUCAUCCUCCACCUGGCCGAGCCCGACCGGCGCCUCGACACCUGCAUCCAGUUCACGGUGCGAGGUUACCCCCACCCGAAGCUGCGUUGGUUCCACAAGAACAAGGAGAUCCUGCACAACCAGUACAUCCGUAUGGAGAUGGACUUCUACCAGGACAACUUGGAGGGCUGCCUGAACUUCCAGAACCCGACGCACAUCAACAACGGCAACUACACCCUGGAGGCUAGCAACUCGCUCGGGACGGUCACCAAGACGGUCUAUGGGCAUUUCCUCAUGGCGCCCGGCAUUGACGACGAAGACGUGGUGGAGCUGGUCCCCUCGGCGCCCACAGAUUCGGAUUCGGGCCGCCCGGACGAGGACACAUUUGGGGUCUCUAUCGCGGUGGGCCUGGCGGGCUUUGCCUGCGUCCUCCUCCUCGUCCUUUUCGUGCUCAUCAACAAAUACGGACGACGUUCCAAGUUCGGCAUGAAAGGUCCGGUGGCUGUGAUCAGCGGCGAGGAAGACUCAGCCAGCCCUCUUCAUCACGUCAACCACGGAAUUAUAACGCCGUGCACGCUUGACGCGGGACCGGACGCCGUCGUCAUCGGGAUGACUCGCAUCCCCGUGGUAGAAAACCCGCAGUACUUCCGACACGGACACAACUGCAACAAGCCCGCCACCCUGGUGCAGCAUAUUAAACGCAGAGACAUCAUCCUUAAGCGGGAGCUCGGCGAGGGAGCCUUCGGAAAAGUCUUCCUGGCCGAGUGUUACAACCUAAGUCCCACCAAGGACAAGAUGCUGGUGGCUGUCAAGACGCUGAAGGAUCCUAACCUGUCGGCGAGAAAGGACUUCCAGAGGGAGGCUGAGCUGCUAACCAACCUGCAGCACGACCACAUCGUCAAGUUCUAUGGCGUGUGCGUGGAUGGUGACCCCCUCAUCAUGGUCUUUGAGUACAUGAAGCACGGAGACCUCAACAAGUUCCUCAGAGCUCACGGCCCGGACGCCAUGAUCCUAGUAGACGGCCAGCCGCUACAGUCCAACGGCGAGCUAGGCCUCUCCCAGAUGCUGCACAUCGCCUCCCAAAUCGCGGCGGGCAUGGUCUACCUGGCCUCGCAGCACUUUGUCCACCGAGACCUGGCCACCCGCAACUGCCUGGUGGGCAACGGCUUGCUCGUCAAGAUCGGCGACUUCGGCAUGUCGAGGGACAUCUACAGCAGUGACUACUACAGGGUCGGAGGACACACCAUGCUACCCAUCCGCUGGAUGCCUCCCGAGAGCAUCAUGUACAGGAAGUUCUCCACAGAGAGCGACGUGUGGAGCUUUGGUGUUAUUUUGUGGGAGAUCUUCACAUACGGCAAGCAGCCUUGGUUUCAGCUGGGUAACAACGAGGUCAUCGACUGCAUCACGCAGGGUCGCGUGCUGGACCGACCCCGCGUUUGCCCCAAGGAGGUGUACGAUAUCAUGCUAGGCUGCUGGCAGCGUGAGCCGCAACAGCGGCUCAACAUCAAGGACAUCCAGAAGGUCCUGUUCGCCAUGGGGAAGGCCACGCCCGUCUACCUUGACAUCCUGGGCUAGAGACUCAUCCAGUACGGGAAUAGCCAAACCGAUCCCCCCCUACCCCUCCCCCCUGCGUCACUGUCGAGGAAAACCACCUACAAUGUUUGGGAAGGACUUAAGUGCCUGCAACACUUUUGGAUAUAGUGGAUAAAACAACAAACAACAAAAACAACAAAAAAUACGCACUUUUACAUUUUGUUUACUUGCUGUACAGGUUUGAAGACGUUUCUUUUUCCCCUCCCCACAAAAAAAACAAAAAAACAGAUAUUGAGAUUGACGACGAAAAAGGGCCACGGUUUGAUAGGAAGAGUUAGAACCCACCUUGGCGUUUGGUUUUAUGAAUAUAUAUAGAAAUGUGACAUAUAUUUUAUAUUUAUUUGUUUUUUUUUUUUCGUUUUUGUCGAGGUCCCGGCAGGGCGCCGCCCGCCCUGCCCGAGAUGCCGCCGACCAAAACUGUUGAGACUUUUCAAAAAGGAUGGAAGCCUUACUUUGCACUCUGAUUGGCUGGAAUGCGAUGCGGCGGCGGCGGCGGGAGGAAACGGAAAGGACCAAUCCGACAAACAGACAAAUCUAUUUUAAUUUAAAAAGGAAAAACAAAAAGAGAAUGUACAUAUUGUAAAGUUCUACGUGUCAAAAGUUAUGUUAACUUAUUUUUUGCCAACUUUUAUUUCCCAUUCCUUUUUCUGACUGUGAUCUGGGUGGCUGACAGUGAGCCGACCGACCGCCGGUGGGAAAAGCCACAAAGAAAGACUUUGGCGUCACGCCACCUCACUGCUACUCUCGCUCGGGACAUUGCGUUCCUGCGGCCCAUGCGCUCACGCACACAAAUGCGCUGUCAUUUUUAGAUUGAGGGGAAAACUGCUGUUUUUCUUUUUUUUUUUUAAAACCAGAGUAAGAAGUUAGCUAUUUUUGGUUGCAGGUGUUUUCCCCUCCUGCAAGGAAACUCACAGAAGAAACUUUAGACUUUAAUAAUUCAACGUUUUCUUUCUUUGCUUAUCUGCUUUCUUGCCGGGAGUUAGCCGAGGCACUCGCUCUCAUGUUCAAGAGGAAAGCCACCGCCGUCAAGAGAGAGGCUCGAUAUAACUCGGAAACAGGCUAAAGCAAAAAGUGUGCAGUGAGUGAUCGCAGUGUCAGGUGGAAUUAGGAUCUAUAGAGUAAAACAUUUCUGCCAGUAGGAGGCGCUUAAGGUUGUGGUCUUUUGUCAAAAUGUGGAGAUAACGAGUUAUCAAGCUUGGUGGGCAGACCCCGCCGGAACCAGACUGGCUUCCUGUGCCUUUCGGGAUGUUUUUUUGUGGGUCUGCUUGUGUCAUACAUGUCCACCAAAUCUAAUGUUCGCAAUGAACCAAUUUUUUUUUUUUAACCUUGUGGUGCUGCAGUUAUUAGAAUUUCAUGUUUGUGUGUGAAUCGUCAAACUUUGCCACCGAACUCUACACACAAGCAAGAAAAAUUCACAAUUUAGCGUCGCCCAUUUGUCUAGUAUGUGAAGUUGAAAUUUGACAUGGCUACUAAAUCUCAUUUUUCACAAUGUUUUGAUGGCUGUAUUUUCAAAAAAAUCUGGUGGAGCUUGAUACUAACGAACUGAUUUGGUGAAGAAACAGGAAAUGGUUUUGAGCUGCCACGGCAAUUAGAUGCUAAUCAACAUGAUAGCACACACUAGCGCUCUUGGGAAACAGAUUUAGCCUGAGCUCAUUCCAGAAAAAGAUUACAGAAAGUAUAAAUAAGUUCACUUGUAUAUUACAUUUUAGGUUCAUUGUGAAAUUCGUGUGAGAGUCCAAAAUGUAGGUUUUUGAGAGUAGUGUAAGUUUGCCGCCCAAACUUGUAGAGGAAGUUACAAACUUGAGUCACCCCCACGAGACUGCUAGCCAGCUAGCUCCGCCGGGACUCAACAAACCAGAUUAGCGCUUAAUUAGCCAACAUCAGAUGAACUGGAAAAUCUUUUUUUUCUUCUUCAUUUCAAGGCCACUGCUUCAGCCUGUUUCCGAUGAGGGAAAACGUGACGCUGUGCAAACUGACCGUGUAAUUUUAUUUUCCCCGUGCUGCACCUCCACCUAAAUGUCAACUGCAGAGUGUUUUAUCUCGAGAAUCAAGAAAAUGUCGCUUAUCCUUCACAUUUCUUCGUUUUGUUCUUUUGUCAGCGAGUUACACAUCGUCGCACCCGUGGCCUUUUGAGCGGAGACAAGCUGAUAAAAAAAAACAGCCACUUCAGCCUCAAGCAGGUACUUUAUCGAUCUUGCAGUGAUCAGCAAAUUCCGAUGUUUUUUUUCCACUCAGUACGUUUACAUGCUCGCUUUAGUCCGACAUAUAAUCGGAGGAGUAUUUGGGAACUGUACGACUAAUUUUCUGUUUGAAAUAGUUUCUUCUUUUUCUAAUUUUAUACUUUGUCAUAGACUUUGAUUUCUGCAAGUGUAACAACUUUAUUUCCAUCAUAUUUUUGUAAAAAAAAAAAAAAUAGCAUCUCUUAUCAUUUCAGACUUAACCAGUAUUGUAAAAUUCAGAUCGAUUCUUGUAAAAUGUCAACUACGAUUUUCAAAGUUUUAAAUCCAGGACACAAAUGCGAAUUUUCUUUCUUCCACGACCCAAUAGAUAAAAAUUUUAAAUCGUUACAUACAUCUCUGAAUCUGGUUUCAGUUGGACUAACCUCCCAAAACGUCAUGUAAACAUAUUGAGUGACCCGAGUGUUGAAAUGUGCUGCCAUGGAUGUUUCCUCGUGGACUUUUAGCGACUUUUGUUGUGAGAUCUCUCGAGUACGCCGUGAAGGCGGGACGACAAGCCCUAGAAACUUUUUAUGUCUUCUCUUGUGGUGACCAUCAAAGACAUUCUGACACAAGUUGUGAUCAUUUGCAGGCUUUCAUGGUGAGUUCUUUCUUUUCACGGAUGAACUAACAACACUUUAUAUAUUUUUUGUUUGUUUUCCCCUUCUUGAGCAAAGCAAACGUUGGCUUCUUCUGACCAUGUACUCAUGUUACAGAAUAUAAAAAUGUGGUUUAACAGCUGCGGUAUAUUAAGGUACUGGUACUCCAUGAUAGCUCUUUGUAUUAAUGUGACUCUCUUUAAGAAAAUGUCUUAAAAACAAUCAGAUGA